AUGUCUCGAAACGUGCGGCGCAAAUACCCCUCUACUCCCACUAAGGGAAAACCCGUCAAGCGCCGUGACUCUGAUUCUUCUUCCUCUCUCGACCUCUCCGACCUCUCCGAUGGCUAUUCAGGCGUCGACGAGGUCAGCGAUUCUGAAGAUGACGACGAGGAAGGGGUCGUGGCGGCCGAGGAAGAGCACAUAAUCACCCGCGUGUCGCGCAAGGACCGCAAUCCCGGCUCUUCCCGGCCAGUCCAAGAUGAAGACUCCGACGCCGAUGAAGAAGAUGACGAUGACGACGAUGACGACAACGACGACGACCUCGAGCCCGACGACGAAGAUGGCGAUCAGAGUGCCAGCUGGGACGGCAUCCCGUCGGAAGCCGAGGGGAGCACAGCGUCUGAGCUCGGAGGCGAUGAUGCUUUCAUGUUGGCAGAGGACCUACCGGCUGCCAGGCGGCAAGUCCGCUUUACCGGCGUGCCUGACAGCGAUUCUGACUCGACCACGUCCGAGAUGUCGGACGACAUGACCGAGUACUUCCCCGACAUCUUUGUGGAACAGACAUCAUUGGACCCUGCAUUCCGCCGAGAGAUCGAACAGGAUCUGGAUGAUGUUUCAUCGAACAGCUCAUUCUGGGACUUUCAUGAUACCUACGACCGAAAUGCCGAGCAAUCUGACCCUAUUGACUUCUUCCAAGGGUUUGAGGACGAGACCCCGCUUGCAACCCCCCACGGCUCGCAUCCUCCAACAGAGGCCUCUACUCCCGUCCCGUCGACAGAAGAAGCACAAGACCUGGACGGCUACGAGACCGAUGGCGACACUACCGAGGAGGAUAUCCCGGAGCCACUCCCUCGUAGAAGACAGAUCCGUCGCUGCGAGACUGUCGAGGCCUCUUCCGACUCUGAGACCGAUACUACCGUCAAGGGUCGGAGCCGAGGCCGCCCUCGCACCGGACGGUUCGAUUUGGACAGUUCCGUGCAGAAACCCAUUGCUGUUGUGAACCCCAUCACGCGGAAGAUGAUCAUCUUCACCCCCAAGAAGGAUGGCGAAAAUCGCUUUGACUUGUCCCCCGAGUCAUUGCGCACCUUCUUCAGUGUCCCUUCCGCAGACACGGCCCAGUCGUCCCCCAUACUUAGCCAUUCUGGCUCGUUGAUGAUGGGUGCCAUGUUUUCCUCCAACACCUUUGGCGACUUUAUGCAUUCCCAACCGUUUGGCCCCGUCGAGGCUUUCUUCCCUACAAUGAGCUCCGAUGCAUUCGUGGGAGAUGAUAGUGACUUCUCUGGAAUCUAUGAUGAAGAGGAUGCCGAAGACGAGGAGGAGAAGAGGCUCAAGCUGGAAGACUUCAUCACUUUCCAAGAGCACUCGGAUGACGAGGAAGCUGCCACCCCGGACGACUUGGGCAUUGACUGGGAGGAGGGGACGAACCCCGAUCUUCCUUCCACGCCUGGGACGCGUCGGCCGUCGACUGCGAUGAGCGCCAACAGCGACAACAUCCUGGAGGUGCACCCUCUCCUCGCCCAUUUUGACAACAACUCGGAUGCCGUGGGUGCCUUCAGGCGGAAUCAGGUCAACCAGCAGCUCAUCCUCAGCGACCGGGCCACGAGCGAGUCGUUGGCAUUCUCUGGCCCGUACUCACUGGGCACUCUGCGCGGCAUCAAGCACGGCAGCCUCGAGACGGUCACCACGCCCAUCACCCCUGCGAGGCGGCAGAAGCGCACCAGCAUGAACGGCUUCAACGACUUCAACCGCAGCCCGCUGGCCAACGUGUCGCAGAAGAGGAAGGCGUCUGGCAUGCACGAUGGUAACCACAAGAAGCAACGGAGUAUUUCUGAUGUCAGAGACAUCGCAUUGUAG